CUCUGUGCUCUCCUGCUUAUGUUGUUUAUUACCACGAUCCCGCUGAUUGUGCUUUCCGCCCAGAAUAACUCUGGAACAGAUGCUGAGUGCUCAGGGAUACCAGAAGCAGAACGGAUAAACUGCAUCCCAGAAAAAACACCAACAAAGGAUGUGUGCCUGCAGCGUGGCUGCUCGUGGCAGCCUCAGGGCUCUGCCUUCGUGCCCUCGUGCUUCUACACUAAGGAUCAUGGCUACUACGUGGAGGGGGCCCUUAACAACGCAAAUGCAGGUAAGCCAGACAGCCGCAAGCAGGAGCCCACGUCCCCGUAUGGAAAUGAUGUUAGCAACGUCCUCCUCACGGCGGAAUACCAGACAGCCAACCGCUUCCACUUCAAGCUAACUGACCCACAACAGAAGAGGUAUGAAGUACCCCAUGAGCAUGUGAAGCCCUUUCAAGGAAAUGCUCCCUCUUCCACCAACUAUGAAGUUCAAGUCUCCCAACAGCAAUUUAGCAUCAAAGUGAUCAGAAAAAAAUCUGGCCGUGUUCUGUUUGACUCGAGCAUCGGGCCUCUUCUGUUUGCUGACCAGUACCUGCAGCUCUCCUUCCGGCUGCCGAGCGCCAACGUGUAUGGCCUGGGGGAACAUGUGCACCAGCAGUAUCGGCACAGCAUGGACUGGAAGACCUGGCCCAUAUUCACCAGAGACACGACUCCCACUGGGGAUGGGAAUAACUUGUAUGGUGCACAAACCUUCUUCCUGUGCCUUGAAGACUCCAGUGGAUUUUCCUUUGGAGUGUUUCUGAUGAACAGCAAUGCCAUGGAGGUCACCCUCCAGCCCGCCCCAGCUAUCACAUACCGCAUCAUUGGGGGCAUUUUUGACUUCUACGUGUUCCUGGGAGAUACGCCAGAGCAAGUUGUCCAGGAGUAUCUGGAGCUUAUCGGACGGCCGGUCCUGCCCUCCUACUGGUCACUGGGAUUUCACCUCAGCCGCUACGAUUACAAAAGCCUGGACAACAUGAAACAAGUCGUGGAGAGAAACCGCAGGGCGCAGCUUCCUUACGACGUUCAGCACGCUGAUAUUGACUACAUGGACAAGAGGAAGGACUUCACGUAUGACCCUGUGAAUUAUAAAGGCUUCCCUGGCUUUGCGGAGGAGCUACACAACCAUAGUCAGAAGCUGGUCAUCAUCGUGGAUCCAGCCAUCUCCAACGACUCUCCCCAGGGCGACCCCUAUGGCCCUUACGACAGGGGCUCCAGUCAGAAGGUCUGGGUGAACACAGCCGACGGCGUGACCCCGCUUGAGGGGCAGGUCUGGCCUGGAAAAUCUGUGUUUCCUGAUUACACCAAUCCCAUCUGUACUGCUUGGUGGAAAGAAGAAUUUGAGCGUUUUCACAAGCAAGUGAAUUUUGAUGGAAUCUGGAUUGAUAUGAAUGAAGUUGCCAACUUUGCUGAUGGUUCACUUACAGGAUGUUCUAAAAACAAUCUGAAUAAUCCCCCAUUCACUCCCAGAAUCCUGGAUGGUCUUCUGUACAAACAGACUCUCUGCAUGGAUGCUGUGCAGUCCUGGGGCAAACAGUAUGAUGUCCACAGUCUGUACGGCUACAGUAUGGCCAUCUCCACAGAAGAAGCUGCCAAGACUCUGUUCCCUACUAAGAGAAGCUUCCUUCUAACCCGCUCCACCUUUGCGGGCUCCGGCAAGUUUGCAGCCCAUUGGCUAGGGGACAACUCAGCCAAGUGGGAGGACCUUCGGUGGUCCAUCCCUGGCAUGCUCGAGUUCAACCUUUUCGGCAUCCCAAUGGUGGGUGCUGACAUAUGUGGCUUUUUGCUGGAUACCUCUGAGGAGCUCUGCAGGCGGUGGAUGCAGUUGGGAGCAUUUUAUCCGUUUUCCAGAAAUCACAAUGGCCAAGGCUACAAGGCUCAGGACCCUGCCUCCUUUGGAGAUGAAUCUGUGCUGCUGGCGUCUUCCAGGAAUUACCUCAGAAUCCGCUACACUCUGCUGCCCUAUCUCUACACCCUCUUCUACCAGGCUCACACCCAGGGGAGCACGGUGGCCAGGCCCCUCGUGCAUGAGUUCUACCAGGACAACAACACUUGGGGACUGCACGAACAGUUUUUAUGGGGGCCCGGUCUCCUCAUCACCCCAGUUCUGUAUGAGGGUGCAGAGACUGUGACGGCAUAUAUACCUGAUGCCAUCUGGUAUGAUUAUGAGACUGGCAAGCGAGUACAGGAGAGGAAGCAGCAAGUGGUGAUGAACCUUCCUGCAGACAAAAUUGGCCUGCACCUUCGAGGAGGCUACAUCUUCCCCACACAAGAGCCAGCCACAACCACUGUGGCCAGUCGGCGGAACCCGCUAGCUCUCAUCAUUGCCCUGGAUGAUAAUCAAGAAGCAAAAGGAGAGCUUUUCUGGGAUGACGGGGAAACAAGAGAUACUGUGGCCAGCAAAAAUUACCUCCUGUAUGAAUUUUCCUUCACCCAAAACCGCCUAGAUAUGAAGAUUCUACAUUCAACCUACAGAGACCCUAACAAUUUGGUAUUUAAAGAGAUUAAAGUCUUUGGGACCCAGGAACUUAAGGGCGUUAUAGUGAAACAAGACAACGUCCUGAUUCCGAUGUCUCCUAAAGUCACCUACAAUGCUGACCUUAAGGUUGCCCAUAUCACAGGCCUUAAUCUUGACCUGGGAAAAGCAUACACAGUGGAGUGGACCAUUCCGGAAGCCUUCAAGGAAGAAGAAAAGAUAGAUUGUUAUCCAGAUGAGCAUGGUGCUAGUCAGUCCAGCUGUGUCAGCCGGGGCUGUGUCUGGAAGGAAUCCUCUGUUGCGGGAGUGCCGUUUUGUUAUUUCGUCAAUGAGCUGUAUUCCGUCAGGAAUAUUCAGUAUGACUCCCACGGGGCCUCCGCUGUCCUCUCCUUAAAGCCUUCAUCUAACGCCUAUGCUUUUCCUUCAACACCGGUGUCCCCCCUCCACCUGAAGGUGACCUUCCACAAGGACCACAUGUUGCAGUUUAAGAUUUAUGAUCCCAACAACAAACGGUAUGAAGUCCCAGUUCCUCUCAACUUACCCACCGUUCCAUCCAGUACCACCGAAAGUAGACUCUAUGAUGUCCUCAUUACAGAGGAUCCAUUUGGCAUUAAAAUUAGCCGGAGGAGUACCGGCACCCCACCACCUCGUAACCUGCUGCCCUUCUCUAUGCUCUCCCAGGAAAAGCUGAACUCCUAUGGCGUGCAGCCCUACUACAUGGUCGUGGAGGACGAUGGCAGUGCCCACGGGGUGCUCCUGCUGAACAGCAAUGCCAUGGAUGUGACAUUCCAGCCGCUCCCUGCGCUGACAUACCGCACUAUUGGAGGGAUUCUGGACUUCUAUGUGAUCUUGGGGCCCACUCCAGAGCUUGUCACUCAGCAGUACACUGAGUUGGUGGGUCGGCCCGUGAUGGUCCCUUACUGGUCCUUGGGCUUUCAACUCUGUCGCUACGGAUACCAGAACGACUCUGAGAUUGCCAGCUUGUAUGAAGACAUGGUGGCUGCCAGGAUCCCCUACGAUGUGCAAUAUGCGGACAUCGACUACAUGGAGCGCCAGCUGGACUUCACCCUCAACCCCAAGUUCGCGGGCUUCCCUGCUCUGAUCAAUCGCAUAAAGGCAGAUGGGAUGCGGGUCAUCCUCAUCCUGGACCCCGCCAUUUCUGGCAACGAGACCCAGGAGUAUCUUGCGUUCCGUCGCGGCCUGAAUGAUGACGUCUUCAUCAAAGAUCCAAGGGAUGGAAGCAUUGUGUGGGGCAAGGUCUGGCCUGAUUUGCCUGGGGUUGUUAUAAACAGUUCUCUCGACUGGGACACUCAAGUGAAGCUCUAUCGAGCACAUGCAGCCUUCCCAGACUUCUUCCGUAAUUCAACUGUCACGUGGUGGAAGAGGGAAGUGAAAGAAUUACACGACAACCCCCUGCACCCAGAAAAGAGCUUGAAGUUUGAUGGCCUGUGGAUUGAUAUGAAUGAACCUUCAAGCUUUGUGAAUGGGGCCGUUGAGCCAGGCUGCAGAGAUGACCCUUUGAAUCGUCCCCCCUAUAUGCCACACUUGGACGCCAGGGACAGGGGCCUGAGCAGCAAGACCCUCUGUAUGGGGAGUCAGCAGAUCCUUCCAGAUGGCACUCCCGUGCGACACUACGACGUGCACAGCCUGUAUGGGUGGUCCCAGACCAGACCCACAUACGAAGCUACGCAGGAAGCGACGGGGGAGCGUGGGAUUGUCGUGACUCGUUCUACAUUCCCCUCUUCUGGCCGCUGGGGAGGACACUGGCUGGGAGACAACACGUCUGGAUGGGACCAGCUCAGAAAGUCUAUCAUUGGCAUGAUGGAGUUUAGCCUCUUUGGCGUAUCCUAUACAGGAGCAGAUAUCUGUGGAUUCUUCAGAGAUGCUGAAUAUGAGAUGUGUGCUCGCUGGAUGCAACUGGGGGCCUUUUACCCCUUCUCGAGAAACCACAACACCAUUGGGACCAGGCGGCAAGACCCUGUGUCCUGGGAUCAAGCCUUUGAGAACCUAUCCAGAAGUGUCCUGGAGACCAGAUACACCAUCUUGCCAUAUUUCUACACCUUGAUGCACCUGGCCCACACAAACGGCAGCACAGUCGUGCGACCUCUUCUCCAUGAGUUUGUGUCUGACCGGAACACCUGGGAUAUAGACAGCCAGUUCCUGCUGGGCCCAGCCUUUCUGGUCAGCCCUGUCCUGUAUCCUGGCCAAAGAGAUGUCAAAGCUUAUUUCCCCAAGGCCCUCUGGUAUGACUACUACACGGGUGUGGGCAUGGACUCGCCGGGAGAGUGGAAGACCUUGCCAGCCCCUCUCGAUCACAUUAACCUUCAUGUCCGCGGGGGCUACAUCUUGCCCUGGCAACAACCAGCACAGAACACCUUCAUCAGCCGCAGGAAUUUACUGGGCUUCAAGGUCGCCUUGGAUCACCAGGGGCGUGCUGAGGGUUCUCUCUUCUGGGACGAUGGGCAAAGCAUCGAUACCUAUGAAAAAGGUCUCUAUUACCUGGCCAACUUUACUGUCAGUGGGAAUACAAUGAAGAGCCACAUCAUCUACAACAACUACAUCAACAGUACUGAGCCCUUGGUGCUAGGGCACAUUGACAUCUGGGGCGUGGUCAGUGCGUCCACCCCCAGCAUCAGCAUGACCUUGAGCCAUGGCAGUGUAACACCCAGAGUCACCUACAACUCAACCACACAGGUGUUACACAUUAACGCCGUGACUGAAAACGUCAUCCUGCAUGAUUUCAUUUCUUUGACGUGGAACACUGCGUGAAGUUUUACCAGCCAGAUGCUGACAAUGAAGGACUUCAAAAGCAUUUGUAUUCUAUGCUCAUAAAAUUAUUGUAUUUUAAGUGAUUCUUUCCCUGUCUGGGGAAAACAAAUCUUAGUAAUUUUAUUAAUUAUUUUCCUGUCUGUGUUUUAACCCUGAAGGUUAGGUGGUUGGGAUAUGUGGGAAAUCUGACCUUAAUGUUUUUAAGUCAGUAUCAUGGCACCCAUGGGCCAUCUGACAACAGUUACCGCACAGGUGUGGAAGCAGAAUUGUGUGUGUGCAGUCUGGAAGUGAACUGGACCCACUGCCUAAAUGCUUAAGGAAAAGCUGGCCAGGACAACCCCAGACCCUUGAGUUACACCUCAAGAAAGUAUCCAGAAAGAACACUACAAGUUGACUAAAGGGAGAAGGGGAGAGUAAGUUGAGAUCAUGAUUUAAGGGGAAGGAAAAGAAAGCAAGAAAGAGGAGAAGAAAGAGAAGACGAUUACAUGGAUUGUGAUAGCUGAAGAGAGAGAGUAAAUGUCAGGAAGACCAGCCUCAUGAAGAGGAGAAGAGUCUGAAGGCAAGAAGAGGUCAUCGGGAGACUGUAGCCAGUAGAAAUAGGAAUGAAGAUGAGUAGCAGGCAAAACUGAAGGAAGGCGUGAAAGUUGAAAAUAACUUAUUUUUGCUGGGAUCUGCUUCAGAAUGUGUAAAGCUGAUUUCUCAAACUCUGUGCCUAAUGUAUAGAACCACAGUUCCCACAAGUGUACAUGAUUUAUAUUCCAGAGAAAAAUAAAGCAAGUUAAUUCAUAAGAGACUGAACUGUGUGGCAU